AAUGCCUCUUUACUUCCAGAGUUCCGGUGAAUCCGAACAGGGAUACUCACCCCAGAAUGAUUGAUUAACUGGAUUUUUUGAUGCUACCUAAUAUUGACAGUUCUAAAGCACUGUAAUCAUUUUUCAUAGGCAGUCUGAAAAUAAAGAAAAAGCUUUGCUUAGUUUGAAUUAUUGGGGUGAAAAUGGAGGCGGGUUCGAAUGGAGAAGAGCCCACAUCAUGGGAGGAGCUUUACAACAUCAAUUUAGUGCCUUCAGAGUUAUUUGUCAAGUUCAGAAAAGAAAUUGAGGGGUAUCGUGUUGGUGUCAACUUGGAGUUCUACAAUGCUCCAAUCAAUGAGUACCAGGCAAAGCUGGUGUUAAAGCCUUUAGCUCAUGAUCGGAGAUGGAAGUUUAUUUAUGAACCUUUGCAUCAUGAUGUGCGACUUCUUUCUAAGAAGAUUCCAAUAACAAAAUUCCUGAAUCUUCAGGUAGGAGUAGGCCAUAGCUUUCAGUUGCAUGCCACUGGUUGGAAGUGGAAGCUUACUACCUGUUUGGGUGGGGAUGGUGUCUCUAGGAUUCGAAAUAAAACAACACUUGGCUUAUGUCCUGGCAUUGAUUUCCGUUUUGGGUGGAGAGCUGAUUAUGUGUUUCCAGAAAUUACAGGGGCUAUGGGUACUGGUGAACCAUUGUUCAACAUGAAUUCUGGACGCUUACAAGCAUCACUUGACAGAAUUGAGACCAUAUAUACGCACACGUCAUAAUGGUAGCUUCAUUGUGAUUUGGCUGUAGUAGUAUCUUGGAAGAGUUCUAUUAGGCCAUUAAUACGCGGCCCUUCACUAUGCCUUCUAUCACGUAAUUGAAUCAGUAUGAUCUGGGAAGAAAUGAAGUGUUAGGUGGAACGGCACAAAAAUGAAUCAGGAUCAUCUGUGAUGUGUCUACCAGGCUGUGGACACUGAUGAGCUAAACAAACUUUGCAGAUAUUAGAGAUUUUUCUUCCCUUGCACAUUACGAGUUUCUGUAGUCAAACGGUAUUUCUAUUCAGGCAUCAGUUAUUCUGAGUCUAUUUUCCGUUCGAUGGUUGAUAUGUACCAGUACUGCUGUUUUAAAGAACAGAUGAAGCAAUGAGGUUGCAACUUGUAUUUCUUCUGGCUUUUAAACUGAGGAUCAUCCAUAACAUA